AUGGCGCGGGAGCUGAGCCAGGAGGCCGUGCUGGACUUCCUCUGGGCGGCGGGGGGCCGGGCCCCCAACACCGCGCUGCUCCGCCACUUCCAGCGCUUCCUCCGCGACCCGGCGCUGACGGAGCAGCAGCGGCGGGAGCGCCGCGAGUACUUCAAGAGCCUCGUCAAUUCCCUGGCCACCGUCCACCCAGCCGCCGUCCCCGGCGCCUCCAAGGACAUCGUCCUCCGCCGCAGGUACCGCGACCUCCUCGAUGAGGAGCUGCCGCCGCCGCCGCCGGAGGAGCAACGGGAGGAGGAGAAGGAGCCGCCGCCGCCCCGACGCGACCCCGACGGGCGGCGCGGCGCCCCAGGGGAGGCAGCGGCGGAGGGGCGGCCUGGCGGGGGGCAGCCCCCGGGGGUCGCUGGCGCGGGGGGCUGUGCCGCCCGGAGCCGCGGCCGCCCCUGCUGCGAGUGCCGCCGGGCACGCCGCGCCGCCGCCGCCCCCCCGCCGGACCCCGGGCCGCCGCCCCCCGCCCAGCCGCCCCCGUACCGCACCCGGCCGCUGUCCUCGGCCCUCUGGGCGCUUCACCCCAACGGGCCACCCUGCUCCCGGCCCUCGGCGCUGCCGCCGGACCCUGGGGCGCUGACCCCCGCUGUGCCGCCCCGGGCCCGAUCGCCUCUCGGCGAGCCGCCCCUGUGCCGGUCCCGGUCUCCGCCGCUGCCGCCGGGGCCCGGGGUGCUGCCUCCCACCGGCUCAGCCCCGCGCGGGUCCCUGCCGCCACCGCGCCCUCGAGGAGCGCCCCCAACGCAGUCCCUGCCACUGCCAUCGGGCCCCGGGGCGCUGCCCCCCGGCAGGCUGCCUCAGCCCGCCCCCGGGAUGCCCUUACUGAAGGCCCCACCGCCCUCAGCAGGCCCAGGGGGGCGCGCCCCCACCGGCCCAUCCCGGUCCCCACCGCUGUCAUCGUGUCCCAGGCUGCUGUCCCCAAGACGGUCCCCACAGCCACCGCUGGCUGAGCCUCUCCUGUCCCGGUCCCUGCCGUUGCGGUCCAUCCCCGGGGUGUCACCCCUGUCCCGGUCCCUGCAGGCGCUCCCCGCCAGCCCCCCCGCAUCCCCCCCGCGCCUCUCGGGCCCGGGUGCGCUCCCCUCCACCAGGCUGCCCCCAUCGCAGUCCAGGUCCCUGCAGCAGCUCCCCACCAGGCCACCCCUGUCCCCGCCAAGGGGACCCAAGGUGCUGACCUCCAAGGGACCAACCCAAUCUCAAGCCCUGCUGCUGUACCCGUGCCGAACCCUGCCGCUGCCGCCAGCUCCUGGGGUGCUGCCCUGCGCCAGGCCACCCCCCUCCUUAUCCCCACCACUGUCCCCCACCCUUCCAACCCCAUCCCCACCUGUGCAGCCACCCCCUGCCAGGCCCCAUCCACCCCAGUCCUUGCUGCCAGCACAGGGCCCUGCAGGGUCCCAAACCCCAGAGAGCAGCUCCCCGGAACCGCUGCCUGUCUUCAGGAGCAUCAGGUGCCAACUUGCUUUGCUGGAGGUGCAGGGCAUCCCCCCAUCGCUGCCAGACAACUGUGGGCGGCAGCCCCGCACCGUGGUCUCCAAGAGCUCCCUGAGGAAUGUCCCAACCCGGGGGCUGUUGGUGCCACUGGGGCAGCGGGAGCAUGCCUGGCUGGUGGCGGUGUCAGCGGGGCGCUGGGCUCAGGUGCGGGGGCUCUUCCUGGAAGAGCCGGAGCUGGCCCUGCAGCGGGACUUCAUGUCAGGUUUCACAGUCCUUCACUGGCUGGCCAAGCACGGUGAUGGGCCAGGCCUGCAGGAGCUGGCAGCGGCAGCGCAGCGCGUUGGGCUGGCCCUGGACGUGGAUGUCCGCUCAGGCUGCGGGUACACUCCGCUGCACCUGGCUGCCAUACAUGGCCACCAGCCCAUCAUCAAGGUGCUGGUGCUGCAGCUGGGGUGCCAGGUGCAGGUGCGGGACAGCAGCGGGCGCCAGCCCUGGGAGUACCUGGGCAGCUCUACCUCGGGGGAGAUCUGGCAGCUCCUGGGGGCACCCCGCGGCACAGUUAUGUUCCCCACACAGCCCCUGGCUCGCAGUGUGUCCUCUGUCAGCAAGGUCUCACUGUCUGCUGGCAAGGCAGCACUGCCUGCCUGCCUCAGGCCGCAGCAUGGCCGGGGGGCAGCAUCCCACCAAACCGGCAGUGAGAGUGACUGAAAGACAGCUCCCCAGCAUCACCUGCCAGUGGAGAUGGGACC